CCUAGACGUGACACCUUUUGCUUUAAAGAGCUCUCUCUCUCUCUCUCUCUCCCCCUCUCGCCGGAAUCCAAAACUUUCCGUUGAUCACUUUACUUUGGUUUUUAUCUUUUAGUGGUCACAUCAUCAUUUCCAAGGAGAUUUGGUGAACUUCUCGUCCCAGUUUUGUUAACUCUUUUUGGCUCUCUCUCUCUAGGCAAGGAAAAAAAAACUGAUAAUCAGCAAAACGCUCGAAGCUAGCUGGGGAAGGCUGGUCGUGGCGUGAUGGGAUUUUGCAUAUGUCCACUGGAGACUCCUGCGAGGUUGCUCUGGACUACUAGCUUCUUUCGCCACAAGCUUAUGCUUUUCUAAUUUACCUUGUAUACAUACAUAUAUAACAUAUAUACACACAAACACGCGUUCUGUUAGUUUUCUGUUGUAUCCCACUCGCCGGAGGAUCCCUAAGCCUGUGAAAUUUCGACUGCAAAAGACACCCAAGAUCAUAGAGAGAUAGUGAAGAUGGAGUCCGGACGGCUUUUCUUUAAUCCCUCUUCUUGCAACGGGAACAUGUUGUUCCUUGAGAACAGGGAUCCGGUUUUUCAAGAAGGUCCAAGAUUAUCAAUGUUGAACAUGGAGGUGGACACCUCCAAGAAGAGACCAUUUUUCAGCUCGCCGGAAGAAUUGUUCGAUGAUGAAUAUUACGAGGAACAGUUGCCGGAGAAGAAGCGCCGCCUUACUCCGGAGCAGGUGAACCUGCUGGAGAAGAGUUUUGAGGCAGAGAACAAACUGGAGCCAGAACGAAAGACUCAGCUGGCCAAGACGCUGGGAUUGCAGCCUAGGCAGGUGGCUGUGUGGUUCCAAAACCGCAGGGCUCGAUGGAAGACCAAGCAGCUUGAGAGGGACUAUGAUCUUCUCAAAGCUUCUUAUGAUUCUCUUCUCUCUAUUUACGACACUGUUAUCAAGGAAAAUGAGAAGCUUAAAUCUGAGGUCGUUUCUUUGACUGUGAAACUAGAAACCAAAGAAGUGACUGAAGCACCAGUACCAGGGCAAAAAUCUGACUCCGUUCCGGUGGAUACAGCCAAUGCAUGCGGUGUUAAAAUGGGUGUGAAGGUUGAGGACCACCUGAGUUCUGGAAGUGCCGGAAGUGCAGUGGUGGAUGAGCACAGUCCACAGCUUUUGGACAGUGGGGAUUCAUUCUUUCAGAAUGAUAACUAUGGAGGAUGUUUAAUUGGAGGCCCAGUUGAUGGCGUGCAAUCAGUGGAGGAUGACGGUAGCGAAGUUUGCCGAAGUUACUUCUCCGAUGUGUUUCUGAACACCGGAGGGCAGCUGUGGAUGUGGCCUUAAGGAGCUCCUUAAAACUUGUUGAUUACGUUAAUAUAAAAAGAAAUGGUAAAAAGCCAUUUGGGAGGCUGAGAUCCUGUGAAAGGUAUCUAAAGACUAAAUUAAUGAAUAAAAUUUUCAGGUGUUAAUUAGGUGAAUCAAAUGUUGUGUAUGUUUUAUAAAUUGUAUGACCUAAUCAGAUGUUGGGCUCCUUCUGUGUA